AUGGAAAACGAUAUAAUAGACUCUCUAAAUGAUUUGGGUUAUGAAGGCCCCUUGCUGGACGAAGUAGUGUUUGCAAAGGCAUUGGAUGGUGGUCCAAAAUCUUUGGAAUACACCAAACUCAUACAUAUCCUUGCUGAAGAGCUGAAGAACUUAUGUAAAAUGGAGGAAACGGUUAACAUGAUGAAUGACCCAGAUGAAUCUAGCUCAUUCUUGUUGGAGUUGAGUUCUUUUUUGAAAGAAUUAGGCUGCCCUUAUAAAACAUUGGUUACAGGUCAUAUGUCAUCACGGCUUCAAACAAAGGACGACCGGUUGCUCCUGCUAGAUUAUUUAAUAUCAGAGUUGAUGUCUGCACGGAUGGUCAAUGUUGAUUGUCCAAAAGAAAAGCAGGGAUCGGGCAUGGAGAUUGUUAUGCAAGAAUCCCCCACGGCCAAAGAUCUAAAAGAAAUACUGAUAGCAUUGAAAUUUAACAAACCGCCGCCAAAUAUAACGCCAGAGAUAUUGUUCACGAAAUUGGAAGCAAAAUUGAAAGACACCAUUCAAAAGGAAGGUGAACAACUAAUCGGCAAACCACUGUACAAUAAGGCAUUGUCAGAAAAAGAAUGGAAACAAUUGGAAAACACUUUCUCAGAGAUGUUUGAGGACUACAGGUUGAGGAGAGAGACGCUCGUAACUAGACUGGAGUGUACUAUACAGAGUUUUGAGUGGUCCGACCGCUUGAAGGGGAAACGCGACGAGAUCCAGUCCACCUACCGGCCGAAGCGGGAACAGAUGAAAGUCAAACCGGGCGUCAGGUUCUCUGACUUCCUCGCCGCGAGAACCGCCCUGCUGAUGGUCGACAAGACCUCCAGCGCCAACGUCAGGAAGAACACCAGGUCGGACGUGAACAAGGUCAUCAUCGGCAGGGUUCCCGAUAGAGGAGGCCGCCCCAACGAGCAGCAGCCACCACCACCGGAGAUGCCCUCGUGGCAACAAAGAUCGGCCCCGCAGGGCGGUGGCGGCGGCCGUGGUGGUGGUCAAGGUGGUCAGGGCGGUGGCCAGAGAGGUGGUCGCGACGGUAGCGCUGGUGGUAGAGGCGGUGGUGGUGGUGGUGGUGGUGGUCGUGGCGGCAGAGGCGGCGGUCGUGUUCAAGGCGGCUACAACCAGGGCCAGGAACAACAAAGGCCUCAGAACAACCAUGGCACACCAAAUCAGAACCAACGAAACUAUCAGACGUACGAGGUCCCACCGGGGGGGUACAAUCAGGGGUACCAGACGCAGGGCUACAACCAGGGUGGCGGCUACGGGCAGGGCUACGACCACGGUCGAGGGGGCUACGCGCAGGGCGGCUACGGCGGCUACGGCCAGGGCUACGACAGCGCGGGUGGUUACAAUCAAGGUUACACCACACCAGGCUACAAGGGUUACCAGAGCCAAGGUCAGGGUCAAGGUCAGGGCUACGGGCAGGGCCGCUAUCAAGGCGAUAACGAGGAACGGCGGGGUCGAGGCGGCUACAGAGGGCGCCGC